UGUGACGGCCCUUGAUCAGCAAGGCUGCAAGUCAUGUAGAAGCCGCAGUAACUGCAGAGUCUCUGAUGGAUAAUUGGAUUGGGAGUAAUAUGUGGGAGGCUGUGGACUAUUUGCUUCCGACAUAGGAACAGCCCUGGGUUGGGAAUCUGCACUCCUGAGAGAAUGCUGGGAAUCUGCAGAGGGCGACGGAAAUUCCUGGCUGCCUCUCUGACUGUCCUUUUUGUCCCAGCCAUUACGUGGAUUUACCUGUUUGCUGGGAGUUUUGAAGAUGGAAAACCGGUGUCACUGUCUCCGCUUGAAUCCCAGCCCCACAGUCCUCGGUACACGGCAUCAAGCCAGCGGGAGCGGGAGAGCUUGGAAGUCCGCAUGCGGGAGGUGGAGGAGGAGAACCGCGUGCUCCGCAAGCAGCUCAGCCUGGCCCAGAGCCGCAGCCCCUCGCACCACCGUGGCAAUCACUCCAAAACCUACUCCAUGGAAGAGGGGACAGGUGACAGUGAGAGCCUGCGGGCUGGCAUUGUGGCGGGGAACAGCUCCGAGUGUGGGCAGCAACCAGCAGUGGAAAAAUGCGAGACCAUCCACGUUGCCAUUGUUUGUGCAGGGUACAAUGCCAGUCGGGAUGUUGUCACACUUGUCAAGUCUGUCUUAUUUCACAGGCGAAACCCACUCCACUUCCACCUCAUCGCAGAUGCAAUUGCCAAACAGAUCCUGGCAACUCUGUUCCAGACAUGGAUGGUCCCUGCUGUGCGCAUAGACUUCUAUGAUGCAGAUGAACUCAAGUCGGAAGUGUCUUGGAUCCCCAACAAACACUACUCUGGGAUUUAUGGGCUGAUGAAGUUGGUUCUGACUAAGACUCUACCUUCCAAUCUUGAGCGAGUCAUUGUCCUCGACACAGACAUAACAUUUGCCACUGACAUUGCUGAGCUAUGGGCCGUCUUUCACAAGUUCAAAGGGCAGCAGGUUCUUGGCUUGGUGGAGAACCAGAGUGAUUGGUAUUUGGGCAACCUUUGGAAGAAUCAUCGUCCCUGGCCAGCUCUUGGGAGGGGGUACAACACAGGGGUUAUCUUGCUGCUUCUUGAUAAGUUACGGAAGAUGAAAUGGGAGCAGAUGUGGAGACUCACAGCAGAGCGGGAGUUGAUGAGCAUGUUAUCCACUUCACUGGCUGACCAGGAUAUCUUCAAUGCGGUCAUCAAACAAAACCCCUUCCUUGUGUACCAGCUUCCCUGUUUCUGGAAUGUGCAGCUGUCUGAUCACACCCGUUCCGAGCAGUGCUACAGAGAUGUGUCUGACCUGAAGGUGAUUCACUGGAACUCCCCAAAGAAGCUGCGGGUGAAAAACAAGCACGUGGAGUUUUUCCGCAACCUCUACCUGACGUUCCUGGAAUAUGAUGGGAAUUUACUGAGACGGGAACUCUUUGGCUGCCCCAGUGAGGCAGAUGUUAACAGUGAAAAUCUCCAGAAACAGUUGUCUGAGCUGGAUGAGGAUGACUUAUGCUAUGAAUUCCGUCGAGAACGUUUCACCGUCCAUCGCACCCAUUUGUAUUUUCUACAUUACGAGUACGAGCCAGCUGCAGACAACACUGAUGUAACACUGGUGGCUCAGCUUUCCAUGGACAGGCUCCAGAUGCUUGAAGCCAUCUGCAAACACUGGGAAGGUCCAAUCAGCCUGGCACUCUAUCUUUCUGAUGCAGAAGCCCAGCAAUUUCUACGCUACGCCCAGGGCUCAGAAGUACUCAUGAGCCGCCACAAUGUCGGCUACCAUAUCGUGUACAAGGAGGGCCAGUUCUACCCUGUGAAUCUGCUAAGGAAUGUGGCCAUGAAGCAUAUCAGCACACCAUACAUGUUUCUGUCUGACAUUGACUUCUUGCCCAUGUAUGGACUCUACGAGUACCUCAGGAAGUCUGUCAUCCAGCUAGACCUGGCUAACACCAAGAAAGCUCUGAUUGUACCUGCUUUUGAGACCCUGCGCUACCGACUCUCCUUCCCCAAGUCAAAAGCAGAGCUACUGUCUAUGUUGGACAUGGGAACCCUCUUCACAUUCAGGUACCAUGUCUGGACGAAAGGGCAUGCGCCAACGAACUUUGCCAAGUGGCGAACAGCCACCACUCCCUACCGCGUUGAGUGGGAAGCAGACUUUGAGCCAUACGUUGUUGUGAGGAAGGACUGCCCGGAGUAUGACAGGCGGUUUGUCGGAUUUGGCUGGAACAAAGUAGCUCACAUCAUGGAACUGGAUGCACAGGAGUACGAGUUCACGGUGCUGCCCAAUGCCUACAUGAUCCACAUGCCACACGCCCCCAGCUUCGACAUCACCAAGUUUCGCUCCAACAAGCAAUACCGCAUCUGUCUCAAGACCCUGAAGGAGGAGUUCCAGCAGGAUAUGUCACGCCACUAUGGCUUCGCAGCCCUCAAAUAUCUCACGGCAGAGAACAACAGCUAGCACAGCAGAGCCAGUGAGCGGGAAACGGGGACACUGAAAGGAGGAGCCGCUCAAAGUUUGAGGCCCAGUCUUCAAACUUUGAACUGAGAAAUACUUUCUGGUUUUAUAUCAUACCCGACAGUUCUAACAGUAGAAAUUUGAAGUGACACGUGUCUUCAGACUAUGCUCAUUCGUCCCUUCCCUAACUACCCCAGGCCUUUCAGCUUUAGCACUGGUGAGGUGUCAGCGAGAGGAGCUGUCUGCGCGCCCGCCGUGCUGCCGGAGGUGGGGACUGGGCAGGGGCUGGGAAUGCACUCUGCUCUCCAAACUACAGAGCAAAGACAGACCUUCAGAAUAUAGGAUUUCAUGUUGCUAUUUAAUAAUUUGACAUGCUUUUUAUCUGUAAAGGAAGAUCUUCGGGUCGCUGUCCUGUGAAUUUCAAAUCUGCACUACUCUUAAAGGGAACUGUCACCUGUGAGCUUUCACAGGGGCCCUGUUAACAUGGAUGACCUUGUUAAUGCAGGAUGAGCCAAAGGUCUGAAUUAGCCUUGAAAACAAAGGGGACGCUCAUACUAUACUGCACUCCAGAGAAGGUGUGUUAAUGGUUUAGGUGUCUUUUAUUCUCGAAAUAGUUGUUUUAUCAGGAAAAUCCCCCGUACCCCUCCCUGCCUUUUCCCCAGUCCUAAAUGCUGCUCCUUUCCUUGCCAAGGAAAUGUCUCCCUUGUGUUUCUUUCCCAUCAACAGUUCUGGUGGUCCAGUAAAGAAGAUGAGUAGUUCUGCCAGAAAGUGAACAAAACUUGUCAGUGUAAGGUCUGUUUUCAUCAGAGCAGCUUGUUCGUGUAUGUCUCGUAAAAUAAAGGGCCUGGCUGUAACUCUUUAUCUUUUUUAGGCAAGAAUUGGAUUUUGCCUAUAAGACACGUUGUGCAGGGGGAUAUUGAUUUGUAGGCUCAUUUCAGUGCAUGCCCAUCCAUGAGGGCAUUGAGCCUUGGGCUUUAAGUGGACUUCUUUGCUGAACAGGAAUAUUAAACAUGGCAAAUAGUAGCCUUGGUGCUCUCCUGCUGCCUGCUGCAAGGUCUCAGAACUACUUCGUUAAAGGAGUUUAUAAUUAAAAGGAGCAGAACUGUUAGGAAUAAACUCCCUAUUCGAGGGGGAGAAAAGAAUGUGUUGGAAUCUGAGUGUGAGUGUUUGCUUGAACGUGGGCUGGUCAAGUUCACGACUUCGGUACACACAGGAGUAUGCUGGAGGGCAGACAGAAAUCUGACAAGCAAACUGCAGAAAACAAGACACUGGACUUUUUACCAUUUUCUUUAUUCUUCAGUAUUAAUGUUGUGUUUACAUGGGAUGAAGAGAUGAGAUUUAAUGCACUACCCCUUGCAGGGCUAUUUGUAAUUUCUGUUGCAAUGUUAAUAGAGAAAGCAGAAACAACUCAGUGAGAAAUGUGUCUGUCUCCCUACUCCAGAUCCCCAUAGAGCACAUACCAAUACCUGAGUCGGAGAAUGGAUCCACAUUGCGUUGUGCUCACUAUUUUUCCAUAUUGUUUUCCAGCCACUGAACCUUCUACUUUUCUCCCCGCCUCAUCCCCCGAGAGCUUGAUUUUAUUUCUAACCUGACAUUUCAUGAGAGCUUUUUGUUAUGGUGGAAACCAUGCAGUUAAACCAGACAUUUAAACUACAAAUAUCAGUUCAUCAUGCUGUGUAUAUAAGAAAAGCCAAAAAAGGCAACAUCUGACAAGAAAUAAAAAGGGGCAGGAGGCUAUGUGUAAUUUUUACUUUUUCCCCUGGGAGUGUUGGCUUCAUAAGAAUACAUCACUGCAUAAUUUUCCAAAGUGCUUUUCUUCUCUUCUUAAUGGCUUUAUGUAAAGGUUUACAUAAAAAGCUGGGAAGAGCUAGGAAUAAAUGGUAUGAGUGCUCAGUCCUAGCUAAGAUAUAUUAAAAAAAAAAUAUAAAUAAAUCUGAACUCCCCAAGUCCCAUAUUACCCAUAUUAUUAGGUUAGAGAUCAGGCGUAAAUUCUUCACUGUAAGGGUGGUGAGACACUGGAACAGGCUGCCCAGGGAUGCUGUGGGGGCUCCAUCCCUGGAGGUGUUCAAGGGCAGGUUGGAUGGGGCUCUGAGCAGCCUGUUCAAGUGGAAGGUGUCCCUGCCCAUGCAAGGGAGUUGGAACUCGAUGAUCUUUAAGGUCCCUUCCAACUCAGAAAUUCUGUGAUUCUGUGAUACUCAACAUUAAGGGUCCACAACACGUUGCAAAGGGCCCCCAUGUGCAUGUUGCAAAUGAGAAGAACCCUGCAGAACAGAGUCCUAUUGAUGAGCUAAUGUGCACGAAUGAUAUCAAAAGCUGAUCCCAAGGGAGUUUAACACUUGUUGUACCUACAUAAAAUCUCCGGUCAGAUCUUGAAGGUGUCCACCAUUAUGUAUCAUAUGUAUUAAAAACUUUGAUUUCCAGAUGUGCAUUUCUGCUUGGCUUAACAAUGUUCCCAAGGAUGGACUGGAUUGUGCUGCAGCAGCAUAACCUCUAGCAUGCACCUGUGCGUUGUUCAGAUGUGCCAUUAUCAACAUGAACAUCAUUCUGUCCUUGGUGGUCGUCAGAUGUGGGUGCGGGAGCAGGGAGGUAAUCACUUGCUGCUUGCCUCUCCAUACAGCAAGUCACGGGACCUCCUGGGUAGGUGUGCUGGCUGGUGUAGCCAGCUCAAAAAUUGGUAGUUGGUUCAAAGACGCAUCCUCCCCCCCCCUCUUUUUUUUUUUUUUCUUUUCUUUAUGCACACUGUACUGGCUUGUAUCUGUUAUGUUGUGUUUGUCUGUGUGCUUCGUAAUUUGGGAGGCGUGGGGCUUGGGUUUUUUUAACACAUUUCAGCCAAUUUACAUAAUAGCAAAUUAGAAUUACAUACCUGUCUCUAACUGCCAGGUCUCCUCCAACACCAUGAAAAACCACCACCACAAAUCCCCAACUUAGUUAUAACACAGUCUUCCAGUCCUCUACUGUACUAGGUAUUUCCUAGCAACUUUGUUACUUCUCAGUUCUCCUGAAGUCUUCAAGAAAUAUCAGAUAAACCUGGUGACACGAUGCCCUUGAUUUCUUGAUUUGUUCCACCAACUUCUCUCUUGAGUCUGCAGUCUGUGGCUGCUCCUUAUCUUCAAUAUUUGGAAAGUGUGAGUCCCUCAUUUAAGUAACACAACAGCACCCUCUCUGGUGAAGACUGAUGCAAAUAAAUAAUUUAGAUUCUUGACCAUG